GCUCGGCGUCAGUACUACACGCGUAACAAGAGAUGAGAGUUGAGUUUACAUUCAAGGCACGGAGGGAAAACACACAGCAGACACACACACAGUCCAAACUGACAAACACAAGCGUUGUAAAGGAGAACGGGACAAUGGCGUCUGUGAGUGUGGUGGGGCAGCACCCGGGUCCGCACAGGCUGGACUCGGAACCGCUGCUCUUCUUGAAAGUGUCCGACUGCAGGAAGAGAAUCACCAUGUCGAGGAGAUCAUCCCGGGAGAAGAUGAGCUACGGGAGAGGUGGCACUUUUGAAGCGGAGUCAGCAACUCAGUCUUCGUCUCCGGGUCCUGCGCUGGAAACGGCGGCGAGAGGAGGAAGGAUGCCCGCUGAAGGAUGCGGGGCUCCGGCUGGUCACGCUGCGCCACGUAGCCCGGGCGGAGGAGACGAGGGCACCGUCGCGACACGGAAAAGUCAAAGCUGGCGCUCAACCGAUGACUGCAACAGAAACAUCGGCUGUGACACAAACUACGUAUCGGCUUCUCGGAGGGGGACAUCUUUGACGAGCUCGGGCAUCACUGUCAUGCCAAACGGAUCGGCGGCGCACGGACACAGGAGAGCGUGCCGGCAGCGAGACGAGCCACACGGGAGACGGGACUCUCGGAAUGGAGAGAGCGGCGCUCUGCUCCUGGAGCGGCUCACACAGGGAAAAACCGGAGUCGUGAAACUGGCCAGACCAGAACCUCGCCGCCUGGAGGCCUGGACCAUCUUCACUAAGGAGGGGAUGGACCCCCGGGUGAGGACCGAGAAGGGAGAAGGACACCGGUUCGUGACCAGGUCGGUUACGCAGGACUUCUGUGACGCCUGUAGCCGACAGAUCACAGCGCAAGCACUCAAGUGUCAAAACUGCAGCUACACCUGCCACCUGGAGUGUGAGAGUCAGAUCCAGCUUGACUGCAACCAGAGGGACAGAAAGCCAGAAGAAACUCCAUCUCCCAGAACCCAGUGCUCCUCCACAGCUCCUCAGCACCAGAAGAAUGAGGCAAAGGAGGAGGAGGUGGGUGGCACAAAAGACCUGUCAGAAGAAGAAGUCCGCUCCAGAAUAGAGGACUAUAAUGCUCAAGUCUCUGAAAAUGGCAUGACGCUGGCUAAAGAUGGCUCCUACACAGGUUUCAUUAAGGUCCACCUGAGGCUCAGUCGACCCGUCACCGUACCCGAGGGAAUGUCCAGGCAAGGGCAGGAGUCAAAAGACAGCGGGCACACUGAAAAAAGAACUUCUUUCUACCUACCAUGCGACUGUGUGAAGCAGCUCCACAUCAGCUCUCUGACCACCACAAGAGAGGUCAUUGAGGGCUUGCUGAAAAAGUUCAUGGUGUUGGACAAUCCUUGCAAGUUUGCAUUGUACAGGCAGACGCACCGCGAUGGACAGGACCUGUUCCAGAAGCUUCCUCCAUACGAGCGACCUCUGCUUCUGCGCCUGAUUGCAGGACCAGACCCAGAUCAGCUCAGCUUUAUUCUUAAGGAGAAUGAGACUGGAGACGUGGAGUGGCAUGGAUUCUCAGUCCCUGAGCUUCAGAACUUCCUGGUAAUUCUGAAGAAAGAGGAGGCGGAACGCGUACAAGCAGUGAGGCAAAAAUACACCGUUUACCGACAGAAACUAGAGCAGGCCCUAAAACAACAUGACCCCUGACCCCCUCACCUGUUACCUUAUGACUUCAACCCAGGGACAGGUUGACCAACACCCUCCAGCCCCCACCCCCGCUGGUCUAUUCAGAGAAUGGAGUCUGAGCUGAACUUCUCGCUGCCCUCCACAUAUACACACAAAUCACACACAAGUUGCAUAUCCUUUCUCAGGACGCAUAUGAGCCGCCCCAACCCCCUGCCCCCUACCCUCCCUCUCCACCACACAUACGUCUACUCCCCGUGGAGAGGAUCAGGAGUUAAAAGCGACUUGAAAGGCUACAGGGUGUGUGGUCUUUGCACUGAUUGGACUACUAGUGUAUUCAUUGCCAAGGACACACACACACAUACACAAACAACACACACACACACAGGAAGGCCUGUACUGUAAAUCAUCAGGGCCUGAUUAGAAUCAACGGUGUUUUUAAAGAUUCUUCUGCUACCGCUGCUGCUGCUGCUACUGCAAGUGUUACUUAUGCAUGAGUCUCUCUCAGCUCAUCUCCUCCGCACAUAGACUUAGGAUUAAUACAGAAGGCAUGAUUACUUUUUUCUCAUCUUGCUGGCAUGGAAGGACAAUCAUACUGUGUGUUUCUUUACUUUUCUUUCAUGGAAGUGAUGUAUUAUAUUUGUAGCCGGGAUAUGAAACGUAUGUGAGAAAGGAGUCACGGCUUCGCAAUCAAGUGGAGGCACAAGAAAGUGAGAUUAGCUCUCUUGAUUUUUCUCAGGAAGCAUGUGUUGAGCUAAGAGAAAACUAAAAGGGGGAAAGAGAACCCUUCUUCCAUUUAACAGAACCCUAUUUUAGCAUAUCUAUUCUUAUUUGCCCAUGUGAAUGCCAUGUGAAAAGAAUGCACUGGCACGAGACAGAUCCUCAAUCGUGCCUGAUUAGCGUGUCUCGCUCCUCCAAAACAAACACACAGUCUCCUUCUUAGAUGAUAACAGUCAUCCAAUUUCCCUUUGCUUAAAACCUGCAAUCCACCAAAUCCAACACACUUCAUACGCACACUGUUAUUGUAUCCGGGUUUGAAUGUGAGAGGACUUUUACACCAAAGCUCAGAGGGUCAGAAACAUCAAGAAGGUUUGGAAGUUUGUUAAAUUAAAGGUGGUGUAUGUAAAAAAGGAAAAAAACAACCAGCCUCUGUUUUGCACAUAAACAGUAGAUGUACGUCACUGAACAGCCAACGUCUCUAGGCCGAGGCUUGCAUUUAUGCUUUUGUUUUUUUGUUUUUUUUCGCCUUCCAUCCUAAACUUGGAAAAAAAAAGUAUACAUAAAAGCAAAGAUAAAAAAAGAAACUAAAAUAUAUCAAAUUCCUGAUAAUAGCUAUGAUGUACCAAUGACGUGUUUGCAAUGCAUAUUUAACAUGUAGACACUGGAGAAAGAGUGACACGUUUGUUGUUAAUAUGAAUAAUAUUAAUUUUAUAAUAGCAGGUGGCUGGUGUGUGUGUGUGUGUGUAUGUGUGUGUGUGUGUGUGUGCUCAUCCAGGGCAGAGAGGAUAAUGUGAUUAUUAUUUUAAAAAUGUCAUCAGCGCUCCCUCGUUCAGCCCAUUGGGUGCACAUUCGGAGCAAAGUGCAUGUAUCAUUAACUGAAUUAAUUUAACCAAAAUGUUUGAAAACAAUGUGUCUUCAUUCCAUAGAAAUACUGGUAUAUGAGGCCUGUUGUCCAUAAGCACAUGCUUUUCUUUUUUCUUUCUUUUUUUUUUCUUUUUAACCAUCACCACCCAAAGCCCAAGCUGUUCCUGCUGGCAGUGCCUUUUGUUUCAUGUGCCCCUCUGUGUAUCCAUGUAAGGUGUGUUUCAGCACACAGGUGCCUGAGUAUAUGUGUGGGUGCUUUUUGCAUGUGUGCAAAUCUGUGUUUCUUGGGUGGUGUUGUCAUUCUUCUUUUCUGUCUCCCCCACCCCCUGGCUCCACCCCCAACUCUCACCUCUUUCCAACAAAUCCUCUGUGCGAGUGUGUGUGUGUGUGUGUGUGUGUGUGUGUGUGUGUAUGUGCGAGUGUGUUAUUUAUUUCAUAGUUCACA